UUUUUUUUGAAACUUCUUUAUAUUGUGACUCCUACACACACACACAAAAAAAAAUUACUGUAACUAUUUUUUUUUUCUUCUUCUUCUUUUAACGUCUUUUGUUAUAUAAUCAAGUAAAAAUAAAAUGGAAUCACAGGAUACAAGCCAAAAUGAAGUUAUGUUUUCUUCUAUACCUUCUUUUUCUCAAACAUCGUUGGAUGGACCUAGUUUUUUAAAUUCACAAACGAAUUUUUUUGAGAAUGCUGGUAUUUUAAGUCGAUCAGCAGGAGAGAUGAUUGCAGAAAUGACACAAGUGUGGAUAGAUGAACGUAACGCACCAGAAAUAUUACCUUACGAGCAUUCACUAGUAGAACCCUUAAUUGAAGCUAUUGAAUCACAAACUGAAAAAAUUAUAGAAGACAUGGAAAAUAAUACAACAAAUUCAUUUGAAAGUAUGGUGUAUCAAACUGAAGUUGAACGUAUUAAAUAUUUACUAAAGAGCUAUUUAAGAGUUCGAUUAUUUAAGAUCGAAAAACUUACACUUUAUAUUUUAAGACAACCUAAUUUAAGAGAAAUAUUAUCGCCACAAGAAAUAGAUUAUGCAAGAAGAUACCAAGAGUUAGUUGAAAGUCACAAUCAUAAAACUUUUUUACACCAGUUACCGAGAUCACAGCAUAAACAAGAUGAAGUAUUUGUGGACAUGAGUAUGGUCGUUGAACCCAAUUUGAAUGCUCCUGUCUUUUGUCAGAUUUUAGAUAAUAUAGGCCAUGUUGAAAUCGAUGGAGAUAACGUUUUGUUUGAAUUACGUGAUAUUUAUAUAUUGCGUUAUAAUGAUAUACGAUCGUAUUUAAGAGAGAAGAAAGUAAAGUUAAUUUAAAUUUAUAAAUAAAUGCGAGGUUUUUGUACAUAUUCCUUAUAUUCAACGAAGCUUGAUAACUUGAGAAUACUGCCUUUUCAAAUAAGCAUCAACAUAUAUGUAGACCUUAAGUUUAUAAACAGAGUUUUUUUUUUAGGUUCUUCAAAGGUGCUCCAUCUCUGUUCAUUAGUAAAGAUACUAUGGUUCCACCUAUAGUAUUACCAAUAAAGCAUUCUUCAUCAUGAUUUUUUAAAAAAUAAAUAAAUAGUAAUAUCAAUGCUAUUAUGCGUCCCUAAAUAGAGAAAAAAAA